UUAUUCUUUGGAAUCACCUCCACCACCAUCUCCCCCCUCCUCCCCCUCCUCAUUAUCUAUCUAUACAAAGCUCCACGCCAAAAAUAUAUACAUACUUAAGAUAUAUAACUAUAUAUCAAAAAAAAUGCCCGAAAGUGAAGAAGAAAACAAGCCAACCAACUUUUACAUGAAGGGGUUGGCGGUGGCUGAGCCAGUGAUGAUGACAAUGGAUCUUGACCUUGAUGGGUCGUGGAGUUUUGACCAGAUCUUUUCAUCUGACCCUUCACCUUCUUCUUUUUUACUGUCUGCUACUGAACAAUCUUUUUCUCCUUUGUGGGCUUUCUCUGAUGAUGUUGUUAAUACCACCAAUACUAUUAUUAUUAAUAAUAAUACUAAUCAUGAUGAUGUACUUAAUGAUGCUGAUAAUAAACCUCUUGCGUUGACUUCUUCUGGAGGUGGUCAACGGCUUGUUUCAGAUGCUGAUAACCCUGAGACCAAAAAGCAAUCAAGCAAUGAUGUGAAAAGGCGGUUACCAAUGCCAAUUUUGGAGGUGAACCCAUCAGAAUAUCAAGACGCAGCGUGUAUAAUCAAAGAGAGGAUGACAAUGGCACUUCGUUAUUUCAUAGAAUUGGGUGAAAAACAUGUUCUAGCUCAGAUUUGGGCACCUGUUAAAAACAAGGGCCGUAACGUGCUCACAACCUCUGGUCAGCCCUUCGUUCUUGACCCAAACUGCACCGGACUUCAUCAGUACAGAAUGGCUUCUUUAAUGUAUGUGUUUUCUCUAGAUGGUGAAACUGAUGGAGUACUUGGGCUCCCGGGUAGGGUUUUUAGACAUAAGCUUCCAGAAUGGACUCCGAAUGUGCAAUAUUAUUCAGACAAGGAAUACCAACGGCUUAAUCAUGCUUUGAGCUAUAAUGUUCGUGGAACCUUGGCUUUGCCUGUGUUUGAACCUUCUGGGCAGUCGUGUGUUGGUGUGCUCGAGUUGAUUUUGACUUCACAGAAGAUAAAUUAUGCUCCAGAGGUUGAUAAAGUCUGCAAAGCACUCGAGGCGGUAAAUUUAAAAAGUUCAAAUAUAUUGGAUUCACCGAAUACGCAGGCAAGCAUUUUUUCUGUACCCCAGAUAUGUAAUGAAAGUAGACAACAAGCCCUAGCUGAAAUCCUGGAGGUAUUAGCAGUGGUUUGUGAGACUCAUAAUUUUCCGCUGGCUCAAACAUGGGUCCCGUGCAGGCACAGAAGUGUCCUAGCCUAUGGUGGUGGCUUCAAGAAGAGUUGUAGCAGCUUUGAUGGAAGUUGUAUGGGUCAAGUAUGCAUGUCAACAACUGAUGUCGCUUUCUAUGUUGUUGAUGCUCAUAUGUGGGGAUUUCGCGAGGCUUGUGCUGAACAUCACUUGCAAAAAGGCCAAGGGGUAGCUGGACAGGCCUUUGCAACCCGUAGUUCAUGUUUUUGUGAAAACAUAACACAUUUUGGAAAAACUGAAUACCCAUUAGUCCAUUAUGCACGUUUGUUCGGUUUAGUUGGAUCUUUUGCAAUCUGCUUGAGAAGUAGUUACACAGGUGAUGAUGAUUAUAUAUUGGAGUUCUUUCUUCCUCCUAAUAUGGUAGACUGCAAUGAUCAGCAAACAAUGUUGCGGUCACUGCUAACUUCAAUGAAGCAGCAUUUCCGUACUCUUAAGGUUGCCUCUGGUGAAGAAAUAGGAGAAGAUGGUAGAUUUGUUGAAAUUAUUAAACCAUCAGUGAAUGGUGAUGUUAUUGAUUCUGGUGUUCAGUCAAUUCGACUAUCAGAGUCCAUAAUUUCAAAUGGAGGACCGCUAGUUAAGGAGCCCAAUGCAUUAAAUGGAAAUUGUGGGAAAUCUGAGAAUGUUACCACAGUAAAAAAAUCAGAGAGAAAACGAGGGAAAGCUGAGAAGUCAAUUAGCCUGGAGGUUCUUCAGCAACAUUUUGCAGGAAGUCUUAAAGAUGCUGCAAAGAAUCUUGGAGUUUGCCCAACUACGAUGAAACGAAUAUGUAGACAACAUGGGAUCUCAAGGUGGCCUUCUCGUAAGAUCAACAAGGUUAACCGUUCACUUACCAAGUUAAAACGAGUGAUUGAAUCCGUACAAGGUGGAGAAGGAACGUUCACUAUUCCAACAUUAGCAGCCACCCAACUCCCUCUUGGGGACGACUCCCCUUGUUGGCCAAUGGCUCCAAAUGGUUCACCAACUAACCAACAAGUUUCACCUGGGUCCAUAGUACCAUAUGAACCUCCUUAUACAAAGAACGAUCAAGGUCCAACCAACCAAACAUCUGGUAGCAGAGAAGCCAGUGCUGGUAGCCCAAAUUCUCAAAGGUCAUCCCAAGAAAGUCUACGAUCUGAAGUCAAAACACAGAAUGUUGCUGCUGAGCUUUCCAUAUCUGAUGCUCUUGUAGCUCCACAAACUGAAGAACCCCUCAGAGGAAUGUUAAUUGAGGAUGCUGGAAGCUCACACGAUCUAACAAAUCUUUGCCCUGUCACUGAGCCUCUUGAUAAAGUUCAACAACUUUCUCCAAAGGUACAACCUUUCAUACCCAGGACAGAUAUGAAAACAAUAACGAUAAAGGCAAGUUACAGAGAAGAUAUAAUUAGAUUCCGUGUGGCUGCAAAUUCGGGUAUAGUCAAUUUGAAAGAGGAAGUUGCAAAGAGGUUGAAGUUAGAUGUGGGUACAUUCGAUAUAAAGUAUCUUGAUGAUGAUCACGAAUGGGUUCUUAUAGUUUGCGAUGCAGAUCUGCAAGAAUGUGUGGAAUUGUCCAUAUCAUCAGGGUGCAAUAUAAUUAGGCUUUUAGUUCAUGAUUUGUCGACCAAUCUUGGGAGCUCGUGUGAGAGUUCAGAUUAAUUACAAGUAGCAAGUUCCACACGCUAAGCCCUCAUUUGCACAAACAAGCGAUCAACAUUUCAACCCUUCUGCAUUCCACGUUUCAAAAUUUGACACAUGAAAUUGCAGAAAAAAAUGUCCCAUUUUGCUAUAAAGUUACAGAAAAACAGCUCAAGUUGUUUUUACAACCUCUUUUUUGGCGUUCGCUUUUGUAUUUUUUGUGAUAUAUUGGUCGUUUGAAAACGAAGUGUUGGAAAUAUUGAUAAUUUGUUUGAGCGAACGGGUUAGCGUUGGAAUGUUAGGGUUAGGGUUUUGAUGUAAGAUUAAGAUGUAGAGUCAUGGGGUCAUAGCAACUUUGUCCAAAUUUUAGGCAGGAAUUCUCCCCUAUUCUUUGUUGUAUAAGAUGAUACUAUUGGUGGAAAGUGUUAAUUGUAUAUUGGUUUGUUGUUUUCCUUUUUCA